AUGAAGGAAAUCACAGCUGCUUGUAAAGCUGUCGGGAUUCAUGACUUUAUCAACGGGUUACCCGAUGGUUAUGAAACACAAUGCGGUAUAAAUGGUUCUCAGCUGUCUGGAGAGCAGAAGCAACGAGGUGCGAUAGCCCGAGCAUACAUUCGCGACCCAGAGAUUCUGUUGCUUGACGAAGCCACUUCAGCUCUUGACUCGUAUUCUGAAGCUCAGAUACAAGAAGCAAUCAAAACUGUCUCUCGUAAACGAACUACUAUCAUGACUGCACAUCGUCUUACCAGUGUACAAAAUGCAGAAUGCAUCUUAGUUUCGAGUGUGGCAAAAUAGUGGAAGAAGGGAAGCACGAGCAAUUGAUAAAUGGUGGCGGUAUUUACGAAGAAAUGAUCAGAGCGCAGGAUUUGGGUUAAUGCGAGUUUUAACGUUCAUUUUACUUCUAUAGCAUAGCGUCAGACUUGCUUUUCAUAUCUAAUUGUACAAUACUAUGAUUCCAUUACCAUAGAUAGGUGGGAUUUGAGCGAUGGUACGGAACACGACAUGAAUUAGGGACAGCUAACACGACGUUUAUUCAACCCUCAACGGCUUAUAGAUCAGAAGAUAAUGCAGGAGUCGAAACGUUCAAGAAAGGAAUUCAGCAUAGAUUUGCAUUUGUUUAUAUACCAACCACUAGUGAAUAAGUGC